AUGGCUAACAGCGGAAAAGGGCCAGUGAGGGUAAUUUUCAUUGUGUACGACCCCGCCAAGGUAACUUUGAUUGUGUACGACCCUGCCAAGGUAACUUUGAUUGUGUACGACCCUGCCAAGGUAACUUUCAUUGUGUACUACCCUGCCAGGUUCUCAGUAGCCGGUUGGCCCUGGAGUUUGGCGGAACAACAGCUGCAGCAGCAGCAGCCGCGGCGGCGGAUGGAACAGCCGAAGAGUGUAGCGGAUGCGAAGCGAAUUACCCGCGCACUGGCAACGGACGCCACCGGCUCUGCACAGCACGGCACAGUCAGAAGAUUGAAGAAAAGACCAGAGACGAGACCAGAGACGAGACCAGAGACGAGACCAGAGACGAGACCAGAGACGAGACCAGAGACGAGACCAGAGACGAGACCAGAGACGAGACCAGAGACGAGACCAGAGACGAGACCAGAGACGAGACCAGAGACGAGACCAGAGACGAGACCAGAGACGAGACCAGAGACGAGACCAGAGACGAGACCAGAGACGAGACCAGAGACGAGACCAGAGACGAGACCAGAGACGAGACCAGAGACGAGACCAGAGACGAGACCAGAGACGAGACCAGAGACGAGACCAGAGACGAGACCAGAGACGAGACCAGAGACGAGACCAGAGACGAGACCAGAGACGAGACCAGAGACGAGACCAGAGAAAAGACCAGAGAAGACAGAAAAACAAAACAAAAAAAGAAAAAAGUAA